CCAUGGAAGGUAGAAAGGGCCGAGCGGUAAUUUAACCUGGAGUCCCACCAAAUAUAUGCGAAGCUAGGGUUUAGUUUUCCAUUCUCUUCUCCACUCUCUCAAAGGCCGAAAAACCUAGUUUCACAGUCAGCGGCGCCAAGAGAAACAAACUGUUCAAGAAGAUACCAUGGUGAGAAUCAGUGUUCUUAAUGAUGCCUUAAAGAGCAUGUACAAUGCCGAGAAAAGGGGCAAAAGACAGGUCAUGAUCAGACCCUCAUCGAAAGUGAUCAUCAAGUUUUUGCUGGUUAUGCAGAAGCACGGAUACAUUGGUGAAUUUGAAUAUGUUGAUGACCACCGUUCUGGGAAAAUUGUGGUGGAGCUCAACGGAAGAUUGAACAAGUGUGGUGUUAUUAGUCCACGAUUCGAUAUUGGUGUCAAGGAGAUUGAAGGCUGGACAGCUAGGUUGCUUCCAUCUAGACAGUUUGGCUACAUUGUUUUGACUACCUCUGCCGGAAUCAUGGAUCACGAAGAGGCACGUAGAAAAAAUGUUGGUGGCAAGGUUCUUGGAUUCUUUUACUAGUUCCAAGUUACUUCAAGAUUGAGUGUGGGAUUGUUUUUUUUGUCAGCGUUUUGGUGAAAUUCUGGAUAAUACUCAGUUGUAGGUCUAUGUUUGUUUCCAUUUAUCCAAUGUUUUGAGUAGAACUAUGUGUUUUUUUUUAUAAGAGGGGAAUUUUUGUUUUUGGAGUUAUGACCCUUUCGUUUCUGGCCUAUAAAGCACCUUUCAUAUC